ACUUAUGGCCGGACAUCUUUUCUACUUUUAUAAGGUGUUCACUGUACCUCUCCUGGCGUAGUAGUAAGAUUUCAUAUUUAGUCAACAUCUCUGCUUUGUGAACGACUUUGCAACUUAUUUUCAAAUUUUCCACGGUUUGCUUUUUAAUUAAUAACCAAAAUAAUGCCAAAGGCAUAGUUAAGGAAAGGAAUGACACGUCUAUGAGGAACAAUGCCUUUUUUUUUUUCGAAAAAACUCUUAUUCUAUUCUACGACUCAUGAAGUGCCGUAUAUUUGCCAUGUUUAUUGUGGAGCUCUCCAAUAAAAUACUAGUUGCUUUGAGUUAUUCUAACUAAAUUUUCUAUUGCUUUUACAUUAACAUUAUAAGAUAAUUUCCAAUCAUUGUUUUGUUUGAACUGGCGUUUGAAUCAUUCUGCUCUUCUAAAAGGAUUGAUACGAACAAAAGGGAUAUUACAGUUUUCUGAGUUUAAACAAACUUAGUUUCAUUCAUUGCUGGAAUAAAUUCAAGCAAUUUUAUGCUUCGCUUUGGUCAUUUAUUAUUAAUCCUCCAUUCAAAAAAUUAAUAGAAGUAUUUAUAUAGAUAUUCAUUGCUGCUAGAUUAGGUUAUCUGCUCUUUGUUUUCUUUUUGUGCUGUUUGUAUUUUUCCUAAAAUGCCUGAAUUGAAAGUUACUCCCCUUGGAGCUGGUCAAGAUGUUGGUAGAAGCUGCAUUUUACUAUCGAUGGGCAAUAAAAAUAUCAUGUUGGAUUGCGGAAUGCAUAUGGGGUACAAUGAUGAAAGGAGAUUUCCUGAUUUUGGCUACAUUACACCUGAAGGACCCCUAACACCCUUCAUUGACUGUGUAAUUAUUUCUCAUUUUCAUCUUGAUCAUUGUGGAGCAUUACCUUACAUGUCGGAGAUGGUUGGUUACAAUGGCCCCAUUUAUAUGACGCAUCCAACUAAGGCAAUUGCUCCUAUUUUAUUAGAAGACAUGAGAAAAGUUUCUGUUGAGAAAAAGGGGGAGCAAAAUUUUUUCACAUCUCAAAUGAUUAAAGAUUGCAUGAAAAAAGUUGUUGCUGUUACUUUGCAUCAGACAGUAAUGGUUGAUAAUGAACUUGAAAUAAAGGCGUACUACGCGGGACAUGUACUGGGUGCCGCAAUGUUUUGCAUUAAAGUAGGGUCACAAUCUGUUGUAUAUACAGGUGAUUAUAAUAUGACACCAGAUAGACAUUUAGGAGCUGCUUGGAUAGACAAAUGCCGCCCAGAUUUGUUAAUAUCAGAGUCAACAUAUGCUACUACAAUUAGAGAUUCGAAAAGAUGCAGAGAAAAAGACUUUUUAAAAAAAGUCCAUGAAUGUAUUGAAAGAGGUGGAAAAGUUUUGAUUCCAGUUUUUGCUCUUGGGAGAGCCCAAGAACUAUGUAUUUUACUUGAAACUUACUGGGAAAGAAUGAAUUUAAAAGCUCCUAUUUAUUUUGCACUUGGACUAACAGAGAAAGCAAACAAUUACUACAAAAUGUUUAUCACAUGGACAAACCAAAAGAUAAGGAAAACAUUUGUACAAAGGAACAUGUUUGAUUUUAAGCACAUUAAACCUUUUGAUAGGCAAUAUAUUGAUAAUCCAGGUCCCAUGGUUGUUUUUGCUACUCCUGGUAUGUUACAUGCUGGAUUAAGUUUACAGAUAUUUAAAAAGUGGGCUCCAAAUGAAAAUAAUAUGAUAAUAAUGCCAGGUUUUUGCGUCCAGGGCACUGUCGGUCAUAAAAUUUUAAACGGAGCAAAAAAAGUGGAAUUUGAAAAUCGCCAAGUGGUUGAAGUUAAAAUGUCUGUAGAAUAUAUGAGUUUUUCAGCUCAUGCAGAUGCCAAGGGAAUAAUGCAACUUAUACAAUAUUGCGAACCCAAAAAUGUGAUGCUGGUACAUGGUGAAGCAGAAAAAAUUGCAUUUUUAAAAGAAAAAAUUCAGAAGGAAUUUAAUAUUAACUGUUACAACCCUGCAAAUGGUGAGACCAAUAUAAUCCAUACUCCAGUGAAAAUCCCAAUAGAUGUAUCAUUACCCUUACUGAAGUCUGAAGCAAAAAAAUUUAGUGCUCUUCCACCAAAUCCGAAAAGGCGAAGGAUUUUGCAUGGAGUUCUGGUCAUGAAGGAUAACAAUAUAUGCCUAAUGGACGUUGAGGAUGCUUGUAAAGAAGCUGGUAUCAAUCGUCAUGUAAUCCGAUUCACUUCUACAAUUUCUGUUAAUGAUAACGGACCCAGCUUGUCCACAGCUCACAAGCUACAUAAUUUGCUAAAGGAGAAAUUGUCACAAUGGCCAGUAACUUUUUGUGAAGGGGAAAUUUCAGUUGAAUCUGUCCUAGUGAAGGUGGAAGGGGAUGAUGAUGACCAGAAAACUGUGUAUGUAUCUUGGACUAACCAGGACGAAGAUUUAGGAAGUUAUAUAUUGAGCCUAAUUAAUUGUAUAGGUACUCGUUUAGCUUUUAUAGUCGUCAAUUUUAUUCAUGAAAUGGUGUUACCGAACACCGGAAAAUUUAGGAUUAAUCGACCGCCAAAAAAAGAUGAACAACAUGAUAAUACUCCUGUAUAUAGGGAAGAAAGUUCGGAAUUUAGAUUACGACAGGUGCUGGAAAAUGAGGAAAUUGAUAAUAAAUAUGGCUUUGGAAAACUUUCCGAAAAUACUAAACGCACUGGAUUUCUCUUAAAUAUGCAUGCAUCUGAAAUACUAGAUGAAGAUAAAAGAUUAUGCUCUGUAGUAGACUAUUAUUUUAUGGAAGAAGAUGGCACACGUUUUAAAACAUCUUAUCCAUAUAUGCCAUAUUUUUACAUACUGACCAAAAGGGAUUUUAUUCAAGAAGUUUCACAGUUUCUUUCAAAAAGAUUUUCAGGGACUGUUGGAAUGAUUGAAACUGUUACCAAGGAAGAUCUUGAUCUGCCCAAUCAUCUAAUAGGUCUUAAACAGAAAUAUAUUAAAUUGUCUUUCUACAACCAAACUGAUUUGGUAAAAGUGAGAAGAGAGUUAUUGAGGGAAGUGCGUAAAAAUAAAGGAAGGCAAAGUGAAAAUGCUUUCUAUACAGAGUUGUUAGCUAGCAGUUUAACAAGCAAUUUAACAGAAUCUAAUUCUACAAAAGUCAAUUCGGAUCAAAUGGAGAAUAUUAUUGAUAUAAGGGAAUAUGAUGUACCGUAUCAUGUUCGGGUAUCAAUUGACUUGAAAAUAUUUUGUGGUUCUUGGUAUACAGUAUAUACAAAAAAUUCUUCCGCCGAUCCACCGCUAAUUACACCUCGAAGUGAUCUCAUUGAGAGGCCUGAACCAAUAGUGCUCGCCUUUGAUAUCGAAACUACAAAAUUGCCACUAAAGUUUCCCGAUUCAGCCACCGACCAAAUUAUGAUGAUAUCCUAUAUGAUCGAUGGCCAAGGAUAUUUGAUAACAAAUCGAGAAAUUCUUUCUGCUGAUAUUGAAGAUUUUGAAUACACUCCAAAACCAGAAUUUGAAGGCAAGUUCACAAUAUUUAAUGAAAAAAAUGAACAGGCCCUUAUUCAAAAAUUUUUCGACCAUAUUAUGGAUAUCAGGCCUCACAUUUUUGUUACUUACAAUGGAGAUUUCUUCGAUUGGCCUUUUAUUGAGGCCAGAGCAGCUUCUUAUGAUUUAGAUAUGAAAAAAGAAAUAGGAUUUUCGAGAAACAGGGAAGGAGUAUUUUGUUCCCGACCUGCAAUGCAUAUGGAUUGUCUUUGUUGGGUAAAAAGGGAUUCGUAUCUACCUGUUGGUGCUCAAAACUUAAAAGCCGUGGCCAAGGCUAAGUUAAGGUAUGAUCCAGUAGAACUAGAUCCCGAAGAAAUGUGUCCAUUGGCAGUUUCAGACCCCCAAGUGCUCUCCAAUUACUCAGUCUCUGAUGCUGUAGCAACUUACUAUCUGUAUAUGCAGUAUGUCCAUCCAUUUAUAUUUGCAUUGUGUACAAUUAUUCCCUGUGAACCAGACGAAGUUCUGCGUAAAGGUUCUGGUACUUUAUGUGAAGCCCUUUUAAUGGUGGAAGCUUUCCAUGCCAAUAUAAUUUUUCCAAAUAAGGAGGAAACCAUCCUUAAUAAAUUGACACAUGAUGGUCACGUGUUGCAACAAGAAACUUAUGUGGGCGGACACGUAGAGGCAUUGGAGUCAGGAGUAUUUCGUGCCGAUAUUCCAUAUCGAUUUAGAAUUGUCCCAGAUGCUGUGAAUAUGCUAAUUUCAAAAAUUCCUGAAACGUUGAAGCACGCUAUCGAAGUUGAGGAAAAUAUUCCAAUUGAUACCGUUGUCAAUUUGCAAGAUGUUGCAGAAGAAAUUAAAGCUAAACUUGUGGCACUUAAGCAACAGCCAAUGCGGCUAGAAAAACCUCUUAUCUAUCACUUAGAUGUCGGUGCUAUGUAUCCAAACAUUAUUUUAACCAAUCGCCUUCAGCCAUGUGCCAUUGUAAAUGAAACCAUUUGCGCAGCAUGUGAUUUUAACAAACCUGGAGCAGCAUGUCAAAGGAACAUGACUUGGACGAUGAGAGAAGAAUACUUACCUGCGAAUCGAAAUGAGUACCAAAGAAUUCAGCAACAGUUGGAAUUGGAAAAAUUUCCAUCAGUUUUACCAGGCGGACCGCCCAGAUCAUAUCAUCAAUUAUCUAGGCAAGAACAAGCCGAUUUAGAGAAGAAACGUUUACAGAUAUAUUGCCGAAAAGUAUACAAAAAAAUGAAAAUUACCAGAGUUGCAGAACGUACUACAACAAUAUGUCAAAAAGAAAACUCAUUUUAUGUUGACACAGUUCGAGCUUUUAGAGAUAGAAGGUACGAAUAUAAAGCACUUGCAAAAAAAGCAAAACAAGCAGUAACUGAAGCUAUCAAAGGGGGAGAUGCAUCAGAAAUAAAAUCUGCAAAGAAUCGUGAAGUGUUAUAUGACUCUUUGCAAUUAGCGCAUAAAUGUAUCUUAAAUUCUUUUUAUGGAUAUGUUAUGAGAAGGGGUGCUCGUUGGUUUAGUAUGGAAAUGGCUGGAAUUGUUUGCUAUACGGGAGCGAAUAUCAUCAUGAAAGCUAGAGAACUUAUAGAACAGGUUGGAAGACCACUAGAGCUCGACACAGACGGUAUUUGGUGUAUUCUACCAGCUUCUUUUCCCGAAAAUUUUACUAUUCAAACAACUCAUGAAAAAAAGAAAAAAUUCGUAAUUUCUUUCCCAAAUACAGUUUUAAAUGCCAUGGUUAAGGAACAUUUUACAAAUGAUCAAUACCAUGACCUCGUUGAUCCCGUAAAAUUGGAAUAUGUACAACGAAGUGAAAUUUCCAUUUUUUUUGAAGUUGACGGACCUUACAAAGCAAUGGUUUUGCCUGCUAGUAAAGAAGAAGGCAAGAAACUUAAAAAAAGAUAUGCGGUGUUCAACUUUGAUGGUUCUUUGGCUGAACUUAAAGGUUUUGAAGUGAAACGAAGAGGUGAGCUUCAACUUAUUAAAAAUUUCCAAUCAUCAGUCUUUGAAGCCUUCCUCAAGGGUGACACGCUGGAAUCCUGCUAUGCGUCCGUUGCUCAAGUAGCGGAUUAUUGGUUGGAUGUAUUAUAUUCUCAUGGCAGAAACAUGCCCGAUUCAGAACUUUUCGAUCUGAUUAGCGAAAAUAGAUCUAUGUCAAAGAAACUGGAAGAAUAUGGUCAACAAAAGAGUACAUCAAUAAGUACUGCAAAACGUUUAGCCGAAUUCCUUGGUGAUCAGAUGGUUAAGGAUGCCGGAUUGGCAUGCAAAUAUGUUAUCUCAAAAAGGCCAGAAGGAGCUCCAGUCACUGAAAGAGCUAUACCUUUAGCUAUUUUUCAAGCGGAAGACGCGGUGCAGAAACAUUUUUUGAGGAAAUGGCUUAAGGAUAGUAGCAUAAGCGAUAUUGACAUUAGAGAUAUACUCGAUUGGGAUUAUUACAUUGAAAGGUUGGGAGGAACAAUUCAAAAAAUUAUUACUAUACCGGCCGCCAUGCAGGGCGUUCCAAAUCCUGUGCCAAGAGUUAGACACCCAGAUUGGCUACAUAAAAAAAUUUUGGAAAAAAAUGACACUUACAAGCAGCGAAGAAUAACUGACAUGUUUUCCCUCUGCUCCAAAAGUGUGGAAAAUGGUGAAAGGAACAGCAAAACAAAUGCGUAUGAUAUAGAAGAUGUGCCGGGCACUAGUACUUCCCCCAGAUUUAUAAAGCCGAUAGCUAACGUUAAUAAAAGGAAAAGAGGUUCUGAAAAAGGAAACGAAUUUACUGAAGAUGAGCUAGAGAAAUCGUGGCGUGAAGUGUUGGGAAAUCCUUCUCCAUAUGGAUCUACCAAAGAGAGUCAUCAAAUGUGGAUACAAUUCCAAAAAAGGAAGUGGUUAUUUCAAUAUCUCCAAAAAAAUGUUGGCAUGCAAGGUAAAAAGAAAAGUGCCAAAGGUAGUUUGGCCGUCCUGAGGUCUUCCGCGCCUGGUUCGCUGGGUGGUUUUCUUCAGAAAACUCAACGAGCUUUAUUAACAGUUCCUUGGCAGAUUAUUCAGAUUGCACCUACAGCAACAGCUGGAGAAUUUAAACUGUGGACCUUGGUUCAAUCAGAGCUACAUUUGGUCAAAUUAACGAUCCCCAGAAUAUUUUAUGCCAAUCUUAAAAAGCCCAAAGUAGUUGAACAAGGCGAUCUAUUCAAAAAGUGUAAUCGCACGUUACCGCGUUCUCGUCCGGUAUAUAAUUUAUAUUUAUAUUCAGUACCAGAACAGCUAUUCAUAGAAAAUCAAAGAGAAAUGUAUUUGGAUUUGUCAGAUCCAAACGUCGAAGGAGUUUAUGAAACUAAAACUUCCCUCCAGUUUAGGGCUUUAAUUUCUCUGGGCUGCGUAUGCAAAGUAGCGAAAGGUGUAACAAGUUUAGAAAAAUUUGACUUAAGUGAACUUGACAUGGUUACUUUGGCUCGACAAUCUUACUUGUCCCAAGAUUUACUUAAGCAUUUGUACUUUUACCAUCACAAGCAUAUGACCAAACCGCAGCAGAUGUUUUCUUUAUUUCUCACUCCAUUGAAAAAGGCGUUGGUAAUUGUUUUAGAUACUGUAAGAACCAAUUUGAUGCCAAACAUGGUUAAUUUAUACAAUGCAGAAAGAUCCCUUAAGAAGGAGAAACAAAGCUCUGCCGAGGAACUUUUGCCACCGGAAGGCAUUCAGUUUGAAGUUCGUGUAGAGACUGAUAUUUCUCAAGUAUAUAAAAUUUUGAAUAAAGCUCUCCAGUCUUAUAAAGACGAAAAGAAAGGACCCACUUUAUUAGCAGUUCAGUCAGCUAUUGAUUUAUCAGCUUUGCAAAAGAAUGUACCAUUAUUUUUCGAUUUUCCUCAUACACAAAUACAUAUUCAGGAUAUAGAAGAACUCUACAAUGUCAUAGACUGGCAAAAAGUUGGUGCCAAAGCUAUAGUGCGGCAUUACUUAAACAGCGAAAAAGUUUUGGAAUUGAUGACUGAACAGUGUCGCUAUUUUCAUAUUCCCAUUGGAAAUUUACCAUCUGACCCCGCCAUUUUUGGCUGCGAUCUUUUCUUUGCACGACACUUACUUAAGGCUAACCAUGUCUUAUGGUGUUCCCAGCUCGAUAAACCUGAUCUAGGGGGCGUGGAAGAAACAGAUGCAAGAUUAAUUGCCGAAAAUCAAGAGGGAUCCAGUGAAGUUUGUAAUGUUCCUGGAUGGUAUUCCUCAGUAUGCGUCGAGUUAGAUAUUGAUAGUUUGGCCAUAAACACUUUACUUCAAUCGCACCACGUCACUGAUGUAGAAGGUACGAGUAAUGCCACCGCAUUUGAUGCGAACCUGGCUACUUCGAUUGAUGAUAUGAUAUCCGGAAAUAAUCAGGUUACUAUUUACGAUGAAAGCGCCAGAUGUGCUGAUGCUUUUAAAAUUCUGAAGGCUAUGGCAAGCGGUUGGAUGAGGGAUAUUUCGUUAUAUAGAAACGUCUUUGCCGAUUUCCAAGUUGUACAUUUUUAUCGUUGGUUAAGAUCUCCAAAGGCGUUAUUGUAUGAGCCGGCGCUGUUGAGAACACUACAAACAUUAAUGAAGAAACUGUUUCUUCAAUUAGUGGCUGAAUUUAAACGGCUCGGUUGCACCAUUAUUUACGCCAAUUUUAAUAGAAUUGUUAUUUGUACGAAGAAACACAACGUGGAGGAUGCAUUGGCAAAUGUCGAGUUUGUUGUCAACUCCAUAAGAAAUAAAGAAUUGUAUCAUUCCCUCGAAAUCACCUACAGGCAAUGUUGGGAACACUUAGUUUGGUUAGAUCCAGCAAAUUAUGGUGGAGUAUUAGGUAAACCUAAUAACGAAGAAAGUCCCCAAGAAGAUGAGGAUGACAAUGAUGACGAUGAAGAAGAAAUUCCAACAGUUGCUAUGAAUUGGAAUAUCGCGGAGCAACUUCCGGAGGCUGCCAACUGUCGUAAUAACUUUAAUGCCGUCAUAGCUGGUUACAUUAAUGCCAUCUACUCCCGUUUAAAACAUAACAUGAGUAGACCUAACGUGGCGCCUGUCGUUCUCAGCCAGCCUGCUUUUGGAUUGGGAGCAUAUGAGAGUGUUAUGGAAUACGCUAAAGAUCUGCUCUCGGGGGAAAUUAGCCAGACUUUAUUUCAAAUGACAGAAAGGAUGAACAACCGUUUACAGAAUUCAGGGGACGGUACUAAUCCUGCUCUCACGUUUGUUAAUUCUGUUUGCCAUAUAUUAGGAUUAGAUUCGGCAAUGGAAGAACCUGUAUCUAACUUAAAGAAUAAUUUAUUGAGGCUUAUUGGCGUUGGUGAAUACUCUGAAAGCGCCAUUUGGCAUGAUCCAACUGUAUCAUAUGUCAUUCCCCAAAUAAUAUGCAAGGCUUGUAACCACUGCCGAGAUGUAGAUUUGGGCCGUGAUCAACAUAGAACUGAUAAUGCAUGGUUUUGUCCAUUAUGUAACACUUCGUAUGAUAAUGCUGAAAUACAAAGUCAACUUUUGGAAAUAAUUUCCAAGAAAUUUAUGGCCUAUAAUCUUCAGGAUCUGCAAUGCAAAAAGUGUAGUCAGGUGAAAAUGGAGAACCUUAUUCGCCGCUGUCAAUGUGCAUCAGAAUUUAAAUGUCUUCUAUCAAGAAAAGAUCUAAUCAAACUACUAGAGACACUUUUAAAAUUAGCAGAAAAAUUUUCUAUGUCCGCGUUGGCUGAAACUGUUCGUAAGAUCCUAGAGCUUACAUGACAUUAAAUAUACAAGUGUAUUAAAAAUAAUAAACUAA